AUGUCGCACGUAGCACGCAGCAUCCGCCCGGCGAUCCGCCGCCUCGCCGCACCCCGCCCGGCGACGGCAGCCGCGGCAGCACCCCUCAUUCUUCAGCGCGGUUUCGCCGACAAGCCGCCCAUCUACACCGAAAAGGCCGUCGACAACGAGCUGGGCGUCGGCGAGCUCGAGGGCAUCAAGUUCCGCGUCGAGCCUCUGCGCCGCGUGGGCGAGGACGAGCGGACCAUGCGCGCCCGUCUGCUCUACCAAUCCCGCAAGCGCGGCACGCUGGAAUCAGACCUUCUGCUCUCGACCUUUGCCAACGAGAAGCUGCCGACCAUGAGCAAGGCCCAGAUGCAGCAAUACGAUCUCUUCCUCGACGAGAACGACUGGGACAUCUACUACUGGGCCACCCAGGAGGAGGCCCCCUCCGCCUCCGCCAGCACCACGCCCACCACCGGCGACAGCAGCCACUCCGACGGCCUGUCGUCCGCGACGACCAACGCCGCCGAGUCCUACCGCGGCGUCGGCGCCGGCGCCACCUCGACCGUCGACGCGGGCCAGAAGCGCGAGGACCUCAAGCAGCAGCAGCAGCAGCCGGGCCCGCGCGCGGGCGAGUGGUCCAACACCGUCGGCACCUUCAAGGCCGCGUACCGGCCCGUCCCCGCGCGCUGGAAGGGCAGCGAGAUUCUCGAGAUGAUCAGGACGCACGUGCGCAGUCGCAGGGCGGACGGCACCGUGGGCGUGCACCGCGACGUCCAGGAGAGGAAGGAGGGCGGGCUGGGGUUCAUGCCGCCCCUGUUUGACGUCGACAGCGCCGGCAAGAAAUGA